UCAAGGAACAAAGGGGUAACUCAGAGACGCAUUCAAUUUGCAGCUCAGAAAUUCAGAAAUCAGAGGGGACGUCUCUCUUCAAAGUGAUAUACUUACCUUUUCAAUAAUAAUCGGACGGCUACAAUAUCUCCCUCUAAAUCUUAACGGCAGGCAUUACAGUGUGUAUAGAAAAUGCUUUGAACGGUGUGUGUGUAUAUAUAUAUAGAUAUAGUUGUGCCUCCUCUAUCAAUUCUGUUACUGAUCUUCUGUUUUUCAUAUUCAACACUACUCGUUCUUCAAUCUGUGUUUGGGAUAUUGUGAAAUUCGAAGAUCCGAUCGACCGCUCUUUCUAAAAGGUCCGUCACGCCAUAUCCAAUGCAAUAAUCUUCUUCCAAUCCAGACGUUGUCGUUUCUCGCAGACGUUUUGUUGCAGGUGCUGUUGUAUGGACGUAGAAGACACCGGCGAGGAGGAAAGAGAUCGAGACUGUGAUCUGAACGAGUACUACUCGUAGAUAAUCUUCCGAUGAGAUUUGGAGAGCACAGAUUGCUAAAACAAUGUCCUCCUCUAAUUCACCGUGUGCCGCGUGCAAGUUUCUGAGGCGAAAGUGUACUCUCGAGUGUGUUUUCGCUCCCUAUUUCCCGUCCGAUGAUCCGCACAAAUUCGUGAGUGUUCAUAAGGUGUUUGGUGCAAGUAACGUCGCAAAACUGCUUAAUGAACUCAAUGUGGCGCAGCGGAAGGAUGCGGUGGAGUCAUUGGCGUACGAAGCUGAAGCGCGUCUUCGAGAUCCGGUUUAUGGAUGUGUGGGAUUAAUCUCGGUCCUUCAACACAAACUUAGGCAAGUGCAGAGUGAUCUCUUCAAUGCUAAGAAAGAACUUGCAACCUAUAUAGGGCCCCAGGCAAUGCUUCUUCCUAUGAUACAACCAAAUCAUGCUUUUAUGCCGCAACAACAUUUAGGCAAUCCAUCUUCGUCGAAUAAUUUCAUGAAUGUGAUGAAUGCGCCCAUGAUGGGGAUUCCUACUGCUCAAACACAUGGUGCUCCGUUGGUGAUUAGGGAGCCCCAGCAGCAGCACCUACAUCCACAACAGCAGAUGUAUGAAGCUCAACAAUUGGCGGCUGUGGUUGCAGCAAGAGAGCAGGAGAUGUUAAGGGUUUAUGAGGCGCAACAACAGCAGCAACGGCACCAGCAUCAGCAACAAAACCAGGAACUUAUUGGGUUUAAUGAAAGUGGGUUUGAGGGUGCAGCAGGUUCAGUUACCGCCACUGGCUUUAAUCAGAUGAAUGCUGCCACCAUGUCUCCUUCUCUGGCUCUAGGGACAUUUGAUAACCGAUAUCAGAUUCAGCCGCAGCAGCCAGAGCAUCAGCAUCAUCCACUCCAAGAACAACUCUUGUUUCAGACACAGCAGCCUCCUCAGCCACAGCAACAACAACCACAACAAACACUACAACCACCGCAACAACAGAGGUCUGGAAGUGAUGAGGGUAGAAGUACUGGCGGACUGUCUUGAAGUAAUAUUACAGCUAAUUUUCCCUCCUUACAUGUCCAUUGAAGCAGAAAUUUCCAUUCUAGCUCACAUCUGAUACUAGUUAAAGAAGAUAAUAGAGAUUGAAAGCCAGCACAGUUUUUGGGGUUUUGAGAAGAGACUUUAUUGGGAGAUUCAUUUUAAAAUAUUUAUUUUUGAGUAACGUUUUGCGCUUGAAUCUGAUUAUUUUACUUGUAAAAAUCUGAACCGUUCUUUUAGUCUUUCACAUUGGCUUCCUCGUUUCAAUUGCACUUAGAAUCAUCAUUAUUGGCUUGGUAAAUGACAUUAAUUGGUUCUAUAUAUAUGAUUAUUUUUGUUA